CGUGGAGGCCAAUGGGAAAAAGUGACGGUUACGACCGUUGGGUUUCGAAGAAGCCAAUGACUGCCGGGAGCGGAGAGUUUAAGACGCUCAGGCCUGCGCUUCUCAGGUCGGUCGGGGAUCGCACCGGCUCGGAGCUGACGGGCUCGGCGGGCACCUUUCCCCUGCGGACGCUUCGCCCCCAUGGCGCAGUUCGUGUUCGACAGCGACCUGCACUCCCUGCUGCAGCUGGACACCCCCAUCCCCAAUGCGCCCCCCGCGCGCUGGCAGCGCAAAGCUAAGGAAGCCUCGGGGCCCGCGCCCUCACCCAUGCGGGCGGCCAAUCGGUCCCACACCGCCGGCCGGACCCCGGGCCGCACUCCGGGCAAAUCCGGCUCCAAGGUUCAGACCACCCCUAGCAAACCUGGCGGGGACCGCUAUAUCCCCCAUCGCAGUGCGACCCAGAUGGAAGUGGCCAGCUUCCUCCUGAGCAAGGAGAACAGCCAUUCGGAAAACAGCCAGACGCCCACCAAGAAGGAACAUCAGAAAGCCUGGGCUUUGAACCUGAACGGUUUUGACGUGGAGGAAGCCAAGAUCCUUCGGCUCAGCGGGAAACCACAGAAAGUUCCAGAGGGUAAGACCCUAGGUUCACGGUGUUUGGAGGGAGGUGUCUGCCCUUCCCACCUAAGACUGAGGGUCCGGGGAGUGCUUCCAGGGGAGGGCCAGGGGAGGUUUCGGGUCUCCAGGGUCGAGUCUCGCUCCACUGGGACAGGUUACGAGAACAGACUGAAAGUCCUCUACAGCCAGAAGGCCACGCCGGGCUCCAGCAAGAGGACCUGCCGCUACAUCCCCUCCCUGCCUGACCGGAUCCUGGAUGCCCCUGAAAUCCGCAACGACUAUUACCUGAACCUGGUGGAUUGGAGCUCGGGGAAUGUGCUGGCCGUGGCUCUGGACAACAGUGUGUACUUGUGGAGCGCCAGCACUGGCGACAUCCUGCAGCUGCUGCAGAUGGAGCAGCCUGGAGACUAUGUUUCCUCUGUGUCCUGGAUCAAGGAGGGCAACUACCUGGCGGUGGGCACCAGCAGCGCGGAGGUCCAGCUAUGGGAUGUGCAGCAGCAGAAGCGGCUUCGGAACAUGACCAGUCAUUCUGCCCGAGUGGGCGCCCUGUGUUGGAAUAGCUACAUACUGUCCAGUGGCUCACGCUCUGGUCACAUCCAUCACCAUGAUGUUCGGGUAGCCGAACACCAUGUGGCCACACUGAGUGGUCACAGCCAGGAAGUGUGUGGGCUGCGCUGGUCCCCAGAUGGACGACAUUUGGCCAGUGGUGGCAAUGAUAACUUGGUCAAUGUGUGGCCUAGUGCUGCUUUAGAGGCGGGCUGGGUUCCCCUGCAGACAUUCACCCAGCAUCAAGGGGCUGUCAAGGCUGUAGCUUGGUGUCCCUGGCAGUCCAAUAUACUGGCAACUGGAGGGGGCACCAGUGAUCGGCACAUUCGCAUCUGGAACGUCUGCUCUGGGGCCUGUCUGAAUGCUGUGGAUGCCCACUCCCAGGUGUGCUCCAUCCUCUGGUCUUCCCACUACAAGGAACUUAUCUCAGGUCAUGGCUUUGCCCAGAACCAGCUGGUUAUUUGGAAGUACCCAACCAUGGUCAAGGUGGCUGAGCUCAAAGGUCACACAGCCCGGGUCCUAAGUUUGGCCAUGAGUCCAGAUGGAGCCACGGUGGCAUCAGCAGCAGCAGAUGAGACCCUACGCAUGUGGCGCUGCUUUGAGUUGGACCCUGCACGGCGGCGGGAGCGGGAAAAGGCUAGUGCAACCAAAAGCAGCCUUAUCCAUCAAGGCAUCCGUUGAGGACCAACUCAUCACUUCAGUUUUUAUGUUUGCUUUUUUUAUUUUUCUAAUAAAGUCAUGUCUCUCUUCUCCUUGCA